AUGGGUUCCACUACUGCCCUCAUAUACCGACGGCACUCCCUACCAAAAUGGGGGUUACGCUUAAUGCAUCUUUGGAGGUUUUUUGCGGUGGUGGUUACCACCGUCCUCAGUGCCUCAGCGCAAAACCCCAUCGUCGACUUGGGCUAUGCGCAAUAUCAAGGCGCGGUUUCAUCCGCCAACUAUGCUCACUUUUUCGGCAUUCGAUAUGCUGCAGCGCCGUUGGGUGACCUUCGUUUUCGCGCACCCCAGCCUCCUCCAACUCUGUCCGGAGUCCAAGAUGCGACGAACCAGCCGGAUCAAUGUUUCCAAAGCUCGAAUGGUGGUGCAUCGACCAAUCCGCUGAGGGACAACGGAGUAUCGCCAGUUAACCCCCCCAUUCCUAUAACCUCUCGGACACCAUCUAGCGAAGACUGUCUGUUCCUCAAUGUUUAUUAUCCCAGCGAUGCAGCCGGUACACCUCCGCAAGGCCUUCCUGUUCUCGUUUGGAUCCAUGGCGGAGGCUAUCUUGGUGGUCAAGCCAACCCUUGGAACGGAGAAGACAUACUGAACCAGAGCAACCGCAAAGUGGUCGUUGUGAUCAUUCAGUAUCGGCUGGGAGUAUUUGGGUUUUUGCCUGGUGAGAAAGUAAAGCAGAAUGGAGCACUGAAUGCUGGUCUUCGUAUGCGCACUCUUCCAUUUGCUUAUUCGAUUGGUAACGUUGUCAACACAGUUGACCAAGACGCUGCUCUUAGAUGGGUUAAUCAACAUAUUGCUAAAUUUGGAGGGGACCCAAGCAAGGUCACGAUUUGGGGCGAGUCUGCAGGCGCGGGUUCUGUCCUCCAACAAAUCAUCGCCAACGAUGGUCAAACCGAGCCACAGUUAUUCCAUGCUGCAAUCGUCAGCUCCACAUUCCUCCCGUCGCAAUACCAGUAUAACGAUAGGAUUCCAGAGUUGCUGUUCAGUAAAGUGGCCACUCAAGUCAACUGCGAUAAUGCUACAGAUACGAUGGCCUGCCUUCGCGCUGUUGACGCGAACAGUCUCGAGACAGCCAACAGCAACAUCAAUGUCGCCGGUUUCUUUGGAACAUUCACCUUGGUCCCAGUUAUUGACGGAGUCUUCAUCCGACAACGGCCGACACUCGCUUUGGCUCAAGGCAAAGUCAACGGACAAAAGCUCCUUGCCGUCCUCAACACUUUCGAAGGCGAUAUAUUCGUCGAUGGAAGCACCGUAUCGACAGCCAAUGCGACACAAUACGCGUACAAUCUUUUCCCGACCCUUUCACUAGCUCAAGCGAGCCAAGUGGGACAACUAUAUAGUGGCCUUGGGUCGCAGUUCUUCCAAGCGAACGCGAUCCAAAGCGAAGCCAUUUUCGUUUGUGCGACCUACUACCUGCUCAGAGCGUUCUCCGGACGCGCCUACAAGGCUGAGCUUGCGGUCCCUCCCGGCACGCAUGGCAGUGAUAUCGGCUACUAUUUCCCUUCGUUCUGGGCCCCCGUCUUUCCGGACAGGGAUUUCAUCAACGCCUUUGCACAGAUGUUCACGUCAUUCAUCAUUUCUCAAGACCCCAAUAUCGAUGUCGACCCUUUGAACCCGACGAUUACGCCGGACUGGGGGCUGUGGUCAGAAUCGCCUUCGCAGACGGAGAUGUUGUUCAACCGGACGGAAUCGAACGAGCCAUUUGUGCAGGCGUCCGAGACGAGCCAGGUGUUGUUGGAUCGGUGCGCGUUCUGGGAAGGCAUCGGUGCUACGACGGGGCAGUAG